CCCUCCUCCCAUUGCCCUCUUCUUUUCCCUUCUUCUUCUUACUUCCUGAAAAUUUAACAAAUGGGUUUCGAAUCAUUUUCAGAACAUUGAUUGAUCUCGUCGACUCGAUUUCCCUUCCAAUAGGUGAUAUAUCGUAAGAUGGGACUCUCCUAAAUCUCUCUGAAGGUCCAUUGUUUUCGCUCUCGGAAAAUGGCGAAGCCACGUGUCACCAUCACCCUCGGUCGCACUGGUCAGGUGGUAAAUAGGGGAGGAAGGGUUUCAGACUAUGUGCAUCCACAGACUGAUACUAAGGCAGCGACAGGAAGCAAACGGUUUAGAAGAGAGAGAGUAGGGGGUGCUGCUGAUAGUUCGUUGUUUACAAACAAGCGGCAGCGAGGAGAUGGUAUUAAUCGGAGUUGGGGUGGUAAUGGAAUACAUGGCGACAACCAAUCUUAUUCGCAGAUUAGUCGACACGAUCUCCGAUUGAAACUGAUGCGCAAAAAGCUAAUUCAGAGGGCUGUUGAAGAGCGCAGGAAGAUGGACCGGCGCAAAAAGCUGUCAAAAACCAUCCAGCCUUCAGCAGGUCGUAACAUGCUGCAUCAAAGGUCUGAACCAACAGGUAGUCCUUCGUGGAAAAUGCAACCCACAGAAAGAUCUCAGUUGAAAGCUUCUAGGGGGCUCUCACCACCAAGAAAUUUUGAGGAUCUGCGCCAAGUACCAUCAGCAAGGGCAGCUGAUGCGUCAAGAGCUGGAUGGUUUUUGAGCAACAAUGGUGCUUAUAGGCCAACAAGCUCGACAUCUUUAAUGGUGAAAGGUCCUCCUGAAAGUUCUAAGCCACUCACACAGCUCACUUCAAUGAGUGACAUUGGACAGAGAAGUUCUCAUAUGGUUGAGAAUCCUCUCACUGUUACUGGCCUGUUGCAAUCACUUGGUUUAGGAAAAUAUAACAUUAUUUUCCGAGCUGAAGAGGUGGACAUGACUGCAUUGAAGCAGAUGGGUGAUAAGGACCUCAAAGAUAUGGGGAUACCAAUGGGACCCAGGAAGAAGAUUCUUCUUGCUCUCUUACCCCGAUCGAGACAGCAACAACCAUAACUGCAAAUGUUAUUGGAGAGUAUUUGUUAUUUCUGUAACCGUAUAACUUGGUAAAUAUUGACAAGCACAUUGAGUAUAUCUAUUCUUGAGAUUGAGAUAUGAUAGGUUUGCUUUUGUAGCCAAUGAAAUUCACUUGCUUGGAAAAAUAGAUUUCACCAGUUUGUAUGUAACAGGAUACAGACGAUUGCAUUAGUGAAACAUGUAACUAUUUAGUUUGAAUCUCGGUAAGAUGUUGCAACAAAUCCAUUGCUGUA